AUGGCUUUGAACAACCAAGCAGCGUGGUUCCACAAGACAAAUGAGAAACUACAGAUCGGCCCGGCAGAAGUCGGCAAGCCUGGAGCAGGAGAGAUCCUGAUCAAGAACCAUGCCGUCGCCAUCGCUCCCGUUGAUUGGAAAAUUCAAGAUGGAGCGUUUCCAUUAACCGGCCUACCUCGUGUCUUGGGUAAUGAUGUUGCCGGAGAGAUUGUUGAGGUCGGCGAAAAUGUAUCCGGCUUCUCCAAAGGUCAGCGGGUUUUGGGUCAUGCAAUCGGACUGGUCACAGGGAGACCGGAACAGGGCGCCUUUCAGAACUUCACUGUUGUCCCGGCCAUUGCAGUCAGUCCUAUCCCUGACAAGCUAAGCUACGAGGAAGCAUCCGUUCUUCCCCUGGCUAUAUCUACGGCUGCAGACGGCUUGUUCCACAAAGAUAAACUCGGCCUGGCAACACCCGGCCACAAGGAGGAGAACUCUGGCAAGGCCAUACUGAUUUGGGGCGGAAGUUCCAGUGUUGGUACCGCCGCCAUCCAACUCGCCGUGGCCGCCGGCCUCAAAGUAUUCGCCACAGCCUCGAAGAAGAAUUUUGAACUUGUCAAAGAGCUUGGAGCUAGUGAAGUUUUUGAUCAUGCCAGUCCCAGCGUUGUUGGAGAUCUGACGGCGGCCCUGCAAAAGUACACCCUCGCUGGCGCUUAUGACGCCAUUGGAAGUCGAGACUCACAGCUCAACUCCGCCCAGGUUCUGGUUCAACUGGGAGGUGGCACUCUGGCAGUUGUGAUUCCACCAAUCGCGGAUAUCCCGGCGACGGUCAAUGCAAAGGCUGUCUUUGCGUUGGCAAUCCUGUUGCAGGACAAGGAAGUCGGCGAGGCCAUUUACCGUGAUUUCCUUCCGGCCGCGCUUGAGAGCGGACAGAUCAAGCCGGCGCCCAAAGCCGAGGUAGUGGGCCACGGGCUUGAAUAUAUACAACCUGCGAUCGAUGCGCUGCGGCCUGGAGUGUCCGCCAAGAAGCUGGUUGUCACCUUGUGA